AUGGAAACUGGGUUAAGCUCGGAAAAUUUAGAUAAGGGGAGGAUUAAAAGGGGUGGCAAUAGCAAAAGGAAGGAAUAUUCUAGUAAUGGUAUCAAAAUUGAACCUUUUGUUCCUAGAAGAGAUCAUAAUCCUAAAGAGUUGAAGACUUGGGCCAAGAGAACUGGGUUUGUGUCUGAUUACUCGGGUGAAGCUGGUACUAGUGCAAGUCAGAAUUUUGAUAGUGUUGUUGUAGGUUAUGAUCAUAAAGAAGGAGGAGGGUCUUCUCCUAAGAUAGAGAUUGAUCCAGUUCUCGGGGUAGCGAGGCCAAGCCGGGACAGCGAGAUUGAGCUGGAUUCUGAGUCCAAGCAUGGAGGUAGUAGAAGGAGUGAAAAAGACAAGUUUUUUAGGCCAAACUAUGCUUUGGAUUAUGGUGAAAAGAAAAUUGAUUUGAGAGGGAAUGGUGAGACUAAUGGUCAUGGACUUGGAGUCUCUGCAGUUACUCCACUUCCAGAAGAAAAGAAGAAAGAGGAAGGUGUAACUGAAGGAGAAGUUAAGGUGAAUCUGUAUGCAGAAGGAGAGGAACCUGCUGAUAGAGGGCGGCAUAGACCUUCUGAAAUGAAGUAUGGACUAACCGGAAAUCCUGGUUUUGUACCUCUUAUCUACUAUGGCCUGCAGCACUACCUAUCAUUGAUUGGCUCGUUAGUGUUUAUUCCGUUAGUAAUGGUGCCGACAAUGGGUGGAACGGACAACGAUACUGCUAAGGUAAUUUCUACAAUGCUGUUUCUUUCUGGCGCCACAACAAUACUGCAUUUGUACUUUGGAACUCGACUUCCUUUAGUUCAAGGAAGCUCCUUUGUGUAUUUGGCUCCGGCAUUAGUUAUCAUAAAUUCAGAAGAGUUUCGAAAUCUUACACACCAUAAAUUUCGGCACAUAAUGAGGGAACUUCAAGGAGCUAUAAUUGUUGGUUCAAUAUUCCAAUGUGUUCUUGGAUUUAGUGGUUUAAUGUCUAUUCUUCUCAGGGUAAUCAACCCAAUUGUGGUGGCUCCAACUGUUGCUGCUGUAGGUUUAGCAUUCUUCAGCUAUGGAUUUCCACAAGCUGGCACUUGCAUUGAAAUCAGCAUUCCAUUGAUAGUGUUGGUUCUUAUAUUCACUCUGCAUCUUCGCAGAAUAUCUAUCUUUGGACACCACUUGUUUCGAAUUUAUGCUGUUCCUUUAAGUGUUACGAUAAUUUGGAUAUAUGCAUCGUUUUUAACAGCCGGGGGAGCUUAUAACUACAAAGGAUGUGAUCCGAACAUCCCUAGUUCAAACAUUCUGAUUGAUGCAUGCAAAAAGCAUGCGUAUACAAUGAAGCAUUGCAGGACUGAUGUAUCAAAUGCAUUGUCAACUUCUUCAUGGAUCAGAUUUCCUUACCCUUUACAAUGGGGUUUACCGAUUUUUCAUUUUAGGACUUGCAUAAUCAUGGUCGUAGUCUCACUGGUUGCCUCCGUGGAUUCUGUUGGAACUUAUCAUAGUGCAUCUCUGAGAAUUAAUUUGAAGCCUCCAACCCCGGGAGUUGUGAGCCGUGGAAUUGCAUUGGAGGGUUUCUGUAGUAUAUUGGCAGGUCUUUGGGGUUCAGGAACUGGUUCAACUACGCUGACUGAAAAUGUUCACACAAUCGACAUAACAAGGGUUGCAAGUCGGAGGGUAGUGGAACUCGGAGCAGCCUUCAUGAUCCUCUUCUCAAUUAUCGGAAAGGUGGGUGCUCUUCUAGCUUCUAUUCCACAGGCAUUAGCUGCAUCAGUACUAUGUUUCAUAUGGGCCCUUAUUACCGCAUUAGGCCUCUCAACAUUACAGUAUGGUCAAUCUGGAAACUUCAGGAAGAUAAAAAUAGUUGGUGUUUCAUUGUUCCUUGGUCUAUCAAUCCCUUCCUACAUUCAACAAUACCAGCCUCAAACCAGUUUGAUAUUGCCCUCUUAUCUGGUUCCUUAUGUAGCUGCUUCUAGCGGACCAUUUCAUUCAGGAAUUAAACAACUUGAUUUUGCAAUCAAUGCCCUUAUGUCCUUAAACAUGGUGGUUACAAUGUUGGUGGCAUUCAUACUGGAAAACACAGUACCAAGAAAUGCUCAAGAACGAGCGGAGUAUAUAUGGAUGCAACCUCAAGACAUUGCGACUGAUCCCUCGCUGGCGUCUGCAUAUUCGUUGCCAAGGAAAGUUGCUAGAUGUUUCUGUUGGGCAAAGUAG